UUUUUUUUGCGGACAAUUUAUUCCAUUUGCAGUCUGUACAUAAUGGUCAGACUCCCUUCUCCCUUUCUAAAUCCGAACAGGAUUAGGAUUAGUUAUAAAAUAUCAGUAAAUGAUGGAAGCAGAACAUCUGAAGUUGUCGAUGAAAAAACAAAAGUAAUCCAGUCUGUUGUAAAUUUUUAUUUUUUGGAGUCUUGUGGAGGUCGUUUCAAGAUUUCCUAUUUGUUCCGUCCUUAUCUCUAUUUGGAAACUGUUCCAGGAAGUGAAUUUGCUGUAGCUGAAUUUCUUUCAAGAAAAUAUCAUUUUGUUCAAGUUGAACAUGUUGAGAAGGAAAAUCUUGAUUUGAAAAAUCACCUUUCUGGACUUAAAAGCAAAUAUCUUCGUGUCUCAUUUCCCAGUACAGUCGAACAUGUCCAAUUUCGUCGAGACCUGUUUCCACAAAUUCGUAAAAAUCAAAAAGCAAAGGAAAAAUCAACUGAAUACACAACACUAUUGGCAGAAUAUAUGGAAGAAGGAAAGGGCGAUAAAUAUGCAGAUGUUAGCCCUUUGGAACAAAUUAUGGAUAUUCGGUUUUUUUCUUUUUAUUUAAAUUUUUUUCAUUUUUCAAGUGAAUAUGAUUUGCCCUUUGAUAUGCGUGUUUGUAUUGAUGGACGCUUCUUUGUUGGACAUUGGUAUACAGUUGUGGGACUUGAUUUGGCAACUCAAAAGCCGUUAAUUGAAUUAAACUCGUCUUUAGUGGAACCACCAGAGCCAAUUAUUUGUGCCUUUGAUAUUGAAACAACUAAAGCUCCGCUUAAAUUCCCAGAUGCUUCAGAAGAUCAAAUUAUGGUAGUUUAAAUAGAUUAUUUUUUACAGUCGUAACUUACUUUCAAAAAAAUUUAGGAUAGUUUUUUUAUUUUGUUUGGACAUAGGGCAGAGGAGCUGCUUAAGCGAUGCUCUAAAUUAGGAUACUCACCGUUAUAAAUAGGGUUGGGGGUUUUCGAGUCGGGCCGACGU